CAGACAGAUCAUCCUAGGUUGGAUUAACCAAGCACCAUGCAGUGGUCAACUUACCUUGCCUUAUUCUUCGCUGUUUUUUGCGCCCAGAGCUACUCAGCUCUGGGGCAAGGAGCCUCAGUAUGGUCAAGCCCCCAAAUGGCCGAGAACUUCAUGAACGGCUUCUCCGUGGCUCUUUCGCAAGCUGGAGCAUUCAGUGGGCAGGAGAUGAAAGACUUCGAUGAUGUCAGAGAUAUCAUGAACUCUGCAAUGGACAAGAUGAUAAGGUCCGGGAAAAGUGGCCGUGGCGCGAUGAGGGCCAUGAACGCAGCGUUCGGCUCAGCUAUUGCAGAAAUCGUUGCUGCUAACGGCGGAAAAGAAUACCAAAUAGGCGCAGUUCUAGAUGCAGUUACUAAUACUCUUCUACAGCUGACCGGAAAUGUUGAUAACGGUUUUCUCAAUGAAAUCAGUCGACUCAUCACGCUAUUUAGCAGUGUAGAAGCAAACGAUAUAUCAGCAUCUGCGGGGGCAGAUGCAUCCGGAAGUUCAGGUCCAGUAGGUGGAUACUCAUCCGGAGCAGGAGCAGCAGUUGGACAGGGAACAGCUCAGGCUGUAGGAUACGGAGGAGGAGCACAAGGAGUUGCAUCAAGUGCUGCUGCCGGAGCAACAAAUUAUGCUCAAGGCGUGUCUACCGGAAGUACACAAAAUGUCGCAACUUCCACUGUCACAACAACAACAAAUGUUGCAGGUUCAACUGCAACAGGAUACAACACCGGAUAUGGAACAGGUGCAGCAGCAGGAGCAGCCGCUGGCGCAAGCUCUGGAUACGGAACAGGCUAUGGAACCGGAACUGGAGCAGGUGCUGGUGCUGGUUCAGGCGCUGGUUAUGGUGCUGGUGCAGGAGCGGGAGCUGGUUCAGGCGCUGGUUAUGGUGCCGGUGCAGGAGCCGGAGCUAGUUCAGGUGCUGGUUAUGGAGCUGGUGCAGGAGCUGGAUACGGUGCUGGUGCAGGAGCAGGGGCUGCUUCAGGUGCUGGUUAUGGAGCUGGUGCAGGUACUGGAUACGGUGCUGGUGCAGGAGCAGGAGCUGCUUCAGGUGCUGGUUAUGGAGCUGGUGCAGGAGCAGGUGCAGGUUCUGGAUACGGUGCUGGUGCAGGAGCUGGAGCCGGAUCUGGUUAUGGCGCGGGUGCAGGAGCAGGAGCAGGAGCCGGAGCAGGAUCUGGUUACGGCGCUGGUGCAGGAGCUGGAGCAGUAUCUGGUUACGGCGCUGGAGCGGGAGCAGGAGCAGGUGCAGGAUCUGGUUACGGCGCUGGUGCAGGAGCUGGAGCAGGAUCUGGCUACAGUACUGGAGCAGGAUAUUCUGCAGGUGCUGCGGCAGCUGGCAGCAGUUCGAGCACUCAAGUAACAACUCAACAAACUGUUACAUCACAGGCUUCUGCAGCAGGAGCUGGAUACGGAGUUGGCGCAGGAGCUGGAGCUGCAGCUUCUGCAGGAAGCGGCACUCGAGCUGGAUAUGGUACUGGUGCGGGGGCAGGAGCUGGAGCUGGAGCUGGAGCUGGAGCAGGAGCUGGCUACGGUGCAGGUGCCGGAGCUGGUUAUGGUGCUGGUUCAGGAGCUCGUGCAGCAGCCGGCGCAGGGGCUGGGUACGGCAGUGGAGCAGGAGCUGGUGCAGGAUCUGGUUACGGCAGUAGGGCAGGAGCGGGAGCUGGGGCUGGUGCUGGAGCUGGUGCCGGCUACGGUGCUGGUGCUGGAGCAGGAUCUGGUGCCGGCUACGGUGCUGGUGCUGGAGCAGGAUCUGGUGCUGGCUACGGUGCUGGAGCUGGAGCAGGAUCUGGUGCCGGCUACGGGUCUGGUGCUGGAGCAGGAUCUGGUUACGGUGCUGGUGCAGGAGCUGGAGCAGGAUCUGGUUACGGCGCUGGUGCAGGAGCUGGAGCAGGUUCUGGCUACGGUGCUGGUGCAGCAGCAGGAGCUGGCGCAGGAGCAGGAUCUGGUUACGGCGCUGGUGCUGGAGCUAGAGCUGGGGCUGGGGCUGGGACUGGUGCUGGCUACGGAAGUGGUUAUGGAGCAAGCAGUGGUUCCGGAGCUGGAGCAGCUGCAGGCUCAGGAGCUGCAGCUGGGGCUGGGUAUGGUACUGGAGCAGGAUAUUCAACUGGUGCUGCAUCGGCUGGCAGCAGUUCAAGCACUCAGGUAAUAACUCAAGAGACUGUUACAUCACAGGCAUCAUCUGGCGCAUCUGGAGCAGCAUCUGGUUACAGUGCUGGAUCAGGAGCGGGAGCAGCAGCAGGAGCUGGAGCAGGAUCUGGUUAUGGUGCUGGAGCAGGAGCCGGAGCAGGAUCUGGUUACGGUGCAGGUGCAGGAGCAGGAGCAGGAUCUGGCUACGGCGCUGGUGCAGGAGCUGGAGCAGGAUCUGGGUACGGCGUAGGUGCAGGAGCUGCAGCAGGAUCCGGUUACGGCGCCGGUGCAGGAGCUGGAGCAGGAUCAGGUUAUGGCGCUGGAGCAGGAUCUGGUUAUGGACAAGGAGCCGGUGCUUCAGCAGGAGGAGCAGCAGCUGGUGCAGGCGCUGGAUAUAGAGGUCAAGCAGGUUAUGGACAAGGAGCUGGUGCUUCAGCAGGAGCAGCAGCAGCUGGUGCAGGCGCUGGAUAUGGAGGACAAGCAGGUUAUGGACAAGGAGCUGGUGCAUCAGCAGGAGCAGUAGCAGCUGGUGCAGGCGCUGGAUAUGGAGGACAAGCAGGUUAUGGACAAGGAGCUGGCGCUUCAGCAGGAGCAGCUGGUGCAGGCGCUGGAUAUGGAGGACAAGCAGGUUAUGGACAAGGAGCCGGCGCUUCAGCAGGAGCAGCAGCAGCUGGUGCAGGCGCUGGAUAUGGAGGACAAGCAGGUUAUGGACAAGGAGCCGGCGCUUCAGCAGGAGCAGCAGCUGCUGGUGCAGGCGCUGGAUAUGGAGGACAAGCAGGUUAUGGACAAGGAGCCGGCGCUUCAGCAGGAGCAGCAGCAGCAGCUGGUGCAGGCGCUGGAAGACAAGCAAGUUACGGACAAGGAGCCGGUGCAUCAGCAGGAGCAGCAGCAGCAGCUGGUGCAGGCGCUGGAUAUGGAGGACAAGCAGGUUACGGACAAGGAGCCGGUGCAUCAGCAGGAGCAGCAGCAGCUGGUGCAGGCGCUGGAGGACAAGCAGGUUACGGGCAAGGAGCGGGUGCUUCAGCAGGAUCAGCAGCUGCUGGUGCAGGUGCUGGAAGACAAGCAAGUUACGGACAAGGAGCCGGUGCAUCAGCAGGAGCAGCAGCAGCAGCUGGUGCAGGCGCUGGAUAUGGAGGACAAGCAGGUUACGGACAAGGAGCCGGUGCAUCAGCAGGAGCAGCAGCAGCUGGUGCAGGCGCUGGAGGACAAGCAGGUUACGGGCAAGGAGCGGGUGCUUCAGCAGGAUCAGCAGCUGCUGGUGCAGGUGCUGGAAGACAAGCAAGUUACGGACAAGGAGCCGGUGCAUCAGCAGGAGCAGCAGCAGCUGGUGCAGGCGCUGGAUAUGGAGGACAAGCAGGUUAUGGACAAGGAGCCGGUGCAUCAUCAGGAGCAGCAGCAGCAGCUGGUGCAGGCGCUGGAAGACAAUCAGGUUACGGACAAGGAGCUGGUGCAUCAGCAGGAGCUGCAGCAGCUGGUACAGGCGCUGGAUAUGGAGGACAAGCAGGUUAUGGACAAGGAGCCGGCGCUUCAGCAGGAGCAGCAGCUGCUGGUGCAGGUGCUGGAAGCCGAGCAGGUUACGGACAAGGAGCCGGUGCAUCAUCAAGAGCAGCAGCAGCAGCUGGUGCAGGCGCUGGAUAUGGAGGACAAGCAGGUUAUGGACAAGGAGCCGGCGCUUCAGCAGGAGCAGCAGCAGCAGCUGGUGCAGGCGCUGGAAGACAAGCAGGUUACGGACAAGGAGCUGGUGCAUCAGCAGGAGCAGCAGCAGCUGGUGCAGGCGCUGGAUAUGGAGGACAAGCAGGUUAUGGACAAGGAGCCGGCGCUUCAGCAGGAGCAGCAGCUGCUGGUGCAGGUGCUGGAAGACAAGCAGGUUACGGACAAGGAGCCGGUGCAUCAGCAGGAGCAGCAGCAGCUGGUGCAGGCGCUGGAAGACAAGCAGGUUACGGACAAGGAGCCGGUGCAUCAGCAGGAGCAGCAGCAGCAACUGGUGCAGGCGCUGGAUAUGGAGGACAAUCAGGUUAUGGGCAAGGAACCGGUGCAUCAUCAGGAGCAGCAGCAGCAGCUGGUGCUGGCGCUGGAUAUGGAGGACAAGCAGGUUACGGACAAGGAGCUGGUGCAUCAGCAGGAGCAGCAGCAGCUGGUGCAGGCGCUGGAUAUGGAGGACAAGCAGGUUAUGGACAAGGAGCCGGUGCUUCAGCAGGAGCAGCAGCUGCUGGUGCAGGUGCAGGAAGACAAGCAGGUUACGGACAAUUAGCUAGUGCAUCAGCAGGAGCAGCAGCAGCUGGUGCAGGCGCUGGAUAUGGAGGACAAGCAGGUUAUGGACAAGGAGCCGGUGCUUCAGCAGGAGCAGCAGCUGCUGGUGCAGGUGCAGGAAGACAAGCAGGUUACGGACAAGGAGCUGGUGCAUCAGCAGGAGCAGCAGCAGCUGGUUCAGGCGCUGGAUAUGGAGGACAAGCAGGUUAUGGACAAGGAGCCGGCGCUUCAGCAGGAGCAGCAGCUGCUGGUGCAGGUGCUGGAAGACAAGCAGGUUACGGACAAGGAGCCGGUGCAUCAGCAGGUGCAGCAGUAGCUGGUGCAGGCGCUGGAUAUGGAGGACAAGCAGGUUAUGGACAAGGAGCCGGCGCUUCAGCAGGGGCAGCAGCUGCUGGUGCAGGAGCUGGAAGACAAGCAGGUUACGGACAAGGAGCUGGUGCAUCAGCAGGAGCAGCAGCAGCAGCUGGGGCAGGCGCUGGAUAUGGGGGACAAGCAGGUUAUGGACAAGGAGCCGGCGCUUCAGCAGGAGCAGCAGCUGCUGGUGCAGGAGCUGGAAGACAAGCAGGUUACGGGCAAGGAGCUGGUGCUUCAGCAGGAGCAGCAGCUGCUGGUGCAGGUGCUGGAAGACAAGCAGGUUACGGACAAGGAGCCGGUGCAUCAGCAGGAGCAGCAGCAGCUGGUGCAGGCGCUGGAUUUGGAGGACAAGCAGGUUAUGGACAAGGAGCUGGCGCUUCAGCAGGAGCAGCAGCUGCUGGUGCAGCCUCUGGAAGACAAGCAGGUUAUGGACAAGGAGCCGGUGCAUCAGCAGGAGCAGCAGCAGCUGGUGCAGGCGCUGGAUACGGAGGUCAAGCAGGUUACGGACAAGGAGCCGGUGCAUCAGCUGGAGCAGCAGCAGCUGGUGCAGGAGCUGGAAGACAAGCAGGUUACGGACAAGGAGCUGGUGCAUCAGCAGGAGCAGCAGCAGCUGGUGCAGGCGCUGGAUAUGGAGGACAAGCAGGUUAUGGACAAGGAGCCGGCGCUUCAGCAGGAGCAGCAGCUGCUGGUGCAGGAGCUGGAAGACAAGCAGGUUACGGACAAGGAGCCGGUGCAUCAGCAGGAGCAGCAGCAGCUGGUGCAGGCGCUGGAUACGGAGGUCAAGCAGGUUACGGACAAGGAGCCGGUGCAGCAGCUGGAGCAGCAGCAGCUGGUGCAGGCGCUGGAUACGGAGGACAAGCAGGUUAUGGACAAGGAGCCGGCGCUUCAGCAGGAGCAGCAGCUGCUGGUGCAGGUGCUGGAAGACAAGCAGGUUAUGGACAAGGAGCCGGUGCAUCAGCAGGAGCAGCAGCUGGUGCAGGCGCUGGAUACGGAGGUCAAGCAGGUUACAGACAAGGAGCUGGUGCUGCAGCAAGUGCCGCAGCUGCUAGUGCAGGAGCAGGUGGUCAAACAGGAUAUGGCGCAAGUGCAGGAGCCGCUAGUUCACAAGCUGUAUCCAGAACAACGACAACCACAUCACAAUCCGCAGCAGGAGGAGCUGCUUCUGGAUAUAGUACAGGAGUUGGGUCUGGAGCGGCAGCUACUGCUUCAGGUGCUGGAUAUGGAGGACAAUCAGGAUACGGAACUGGAGCAGGUGCAGCAGCAGGAGCUGCAGCUUCCGGCGCAGGAGCUGGAUAUGGAGGUCAAGCUGGAUACGGACAAGGUGCAGGAGCCUCAGCAGCAGCUGCAAGCAACCGAAUUGUAUCUGCUCCAGCUGUCAACCGAAUGAGCGCAGCAUCUUCAACUCUUGUUUCUAACGGCGCUUUUAACGUCGGUGCUCUCGGUUCAACGAUUUCAAAUAUGGCUGCUCAGAUCCAAGCUAGUUCACAAGGACUUUCUAGUGCAGAAGCAACUGUGCAAGCUCUUCUUGAAGUAAUUUCGGUUCUUACCCACAUGCUCAGUUCGGCAAACAUUGGAUACGUCGAUUUCAGUCGUGUUGGAGAUUCCGCAUCUGCUGUCUCUCAAUCAAUGGCCUAUGCCGGUUAAGCACUUUUUCAAUGUUUAAUUAUUUUUAUGUAAUUAUUCUGAGAAAUAAAAUGACAUAGUGCUUUUUUCUGAAA